AUGGCUCGGAUCGCCGAUGUCUACAGACACCCUUUGUUAGAUGGCAUUGUCUCACGCUACGAGGGCUUCCUUACUGCAUUGCCUGAGCUUCUCAGUAAGCACAUUCCGCGUUACAUGGAGAACGAGAGCUCUGAUUGCGUGGCAGGCUAUCCUUCCAGACUCGCCUUGUUGAGGGUUCCUGCUCGGCGUUUGUGGUAUUACACUCAAGCUUUCCGACGUCUGGCAGAGUUGUAUGGAGAUGAGCACCCGGAUUUGGAUGAUUGUAAUGAUUUGGUAUCGAGAUUUGAUUCAGUAUACCGAACAACAGAGGCAUAUGCCUUGGUUGCCGAAUUUUGUCAAGACUAUCAACUGGACGCAGUAGAGCGACCUAAUGUCCACGACCGAUGCCGCCGUCGGGAGUGCUCCAUUGCAGUGCUGAGCAGCCUUGUGAAUGAGCCGCAUUCCCGCCUUAUUCGUGUUGGCUUUCUCGAGAAGAUGUCCUCAAGAGGUCGUGGGUUUCAACCUCGAAUGGCUCUGCUUUUCACCGAUCGCCUCGUCUACUGUGGACGGGUUUCUGGUUCCACAAACAUGCAACUGAAGAGAAUAAAAUUAACUUUAAUUACGAAAAAAGGGAUUUCGAAGUCUGAUCGGCCCAGCACUGAGGAUAAGUCUCAACUCAUCUCGAAAGCUCGGGAGACGCAGGAUAUGCAGUCACACGUAGCUCUCAACAGCAAAGACAACUACUUGGGUCUACUGGGUCCAAGGUCCCAUCUCCAGCAGACAGUGCUGCGCUGCAGCGGUCUCGCGUACGUUUGUUGGCAUCGACGACUCAGCGUCUCUUUGGACAACGUUCUCAACGCCAACAAGUGCGAAAUAAGCGGCUACCUGUUACGGAAGUUCAAGACCAGUUGCGGUUGGCAAAAAUUAUGGACAGUGUUUACCGACUUUACACUUUUUUUCUACAAAUCUCCGGAAGAUUCCACUCCGAUUGCCAGUCUCCCCCUGCUGGGCUAUCGUCUCGAGUCGGCACGACCAGCAGCUGCAGCGGCCGACGCUCAAUUCCACAAGUCAGAUGUCCUUCAACUGACCUACAAAUCACAUGCGUAUUACUUCAGAACUGAUGCGCCCGUCUCCUUCGAAAGGUAUGGCAACUGA